UCAUCAUCAAGUCCAUUGUCAAUACAUUAUUAUCUGACUAACUGGUGAUGAGAUGUGUAAGACGACGCGAAGUCACACAGUGUAAAUUAAUGUAACUGCAGCAAACACAUUUCGUUCAAGAAUGCUGGCGAUGUGGUCUGUCCUCCAGUGUAUGUAUCAAGUCGGUCACGUCAUGUGUCUCUCUGAACACUGACACGUUUACCGCUAUCACGUUGCAUACUGAAGUCGGUAUUAAGCUUUUAUCUCUGGUAUCCCGGCCAUGUCAACAGGCUGUUUAUCUCACACGUACCCAAAUAUUACCGUCUACAUUCAAAUAGCCUCCGAUUCUUAAAGCUGAAAUGCCAAACUGUUUUGUACAAAACGCACUCUCAUUUGUUUGCAACGACACAAGUGUCACGAGGCAAGCGGGGUAAGGUAAGCGUAGGGUGCACGUACUAAGCUGAAACAUAGAGAGUUGUCGAAUAUCUGUGACACGGUGUUUCCAGGGUGUACUACGACCUUAUUAUCAACUUGUUAACUCGAUUCCCGCUCAAGCAGUCCACCUGAAACCAGCUGCGUCCAGUUUGUUGUUGACAGCACAAGAACGUGGGCUGUAGUCAGCUGGUCUCCUCGUCUUGUGAUACUGCCCAAAACAUCUAUAUUGCUGCUACCAGGAAGGCUACCACAGGUGACUUUGAAGAACACAUAUCCGAAACUGGUGUAGAAGUGACUCCCAUAGAUACAUGGCAACUCUCUGGCCGGUAUGUGUGCAGCGCGAGUAUCUCAAUGACAACUGGGUGUGGGACUAUCACACCAAACCCCCCGAAGUCUUGCUGUCACCUGAUCUUGAGGACGCCUACUUUCACACAGAUCCGGUCGACCAGAGCACAGGAACAGCCGGCGUCCGCGGCAGCAAAGGUUUCCUAGAUGGGGAACAUUUCUGGGAGAUCAUUUUCCUGGAGCCGCCAGCAGGCACUUCCGUGAUGGUGGGAGUCGGGACCAAGAAGGCCCUGCUUCACACCAACAACUACCAGUAUGUGGAUCUCAUAGGUAUGGAUGGGGAGAGCUGGGGCCUAUCCCACAAAGGGAGGGUGUGGCACCGUGGUGUCCCACGAAUGUACUGUGACCCAAUAUAUGACCGCACUACUGUUAUCGGAUGCUAUCUCAACCUAUACAAAGGUACUCUCAGCUUCUACAAAAACGGCAUGGACCUAGGGGUAGCUUUUAGCGGCCUUGACACUGUGAGAGAGCCCCUGUACCCACUUAUCUCCUCCACAGCAACAGAGACUGAGCUUGGUCUGGGGGUGAGGUCAUGCCGCUACCUCUCUCUACAAGAGAAGUGCUGUGCAAUCAUCAAGAACAAUCUCGUGUGUGCGGACUCAGUUGAAAACCUGCCUCUGCCAAAUGCGAUCAAAAACCACAUCAGGCAAUUCUAACUUUUUUCUUAUCACCAGGUAGAGUGUUUUAAUGAUGACGGGAUUGUCGCCCUUAAUGUCAUACUAUAAAUCAUGUCAAGCGUGUGAAUGUGCGUGAUCAGGAUUUUGUGUAGGUGCGUAUAGGUGUACUUGAACAUGUUCGUGUUGUUGUGCGUUGGCAGUUGCGUGAUUACCUCAGAUAUGACCAAUUUGUGGAGUGAGUGUAUACAGUUUACACAUGACUGAUCGUAUCCGGUGACAUUCAGGUUGUGUAAAGUGACCUGAUCCCGCCGUCAUAUAGCUGUAAUAUUGCUGCGGGCGGCGUUAAACAACAAACAAACAAAACAUUAUUUAUUACUCAUAUAUGACUGAUUUUGUUAUUACCUCAGACCCUCGAGGAUUAUAUUUUUGCUGAGGUUUUGUAAUAAAUAUUUACACACCUA